CCAGCCCUUAGGCGGGCCGCAAGAAUUGGUUCCUUGUACGAUGCAAGGACCGAUAGGUUUCUAAAUGCUUCGAUUUUAUCUCCCGGCCUAUCAAAUAUUUAUGUUUCGACACAGCCAACACCUCUGACGGAAAUCACCAUCUCCAGCUGCGCUUCGUAUGGAGAUGUAUUUAAAGAUCUCCAUAUCGACGAAGCUACUGCAAUCAACUUCCUGUCUGGAAUUCUUGAUCCCCAUGGCGCUGCAGUCUUUCUCCGCGACUUUGUGGCAACUAAUGGAAGAAAGCGUGCCGCCAUUGUUCAUCAAGUGUCAACUGUGCGGCAAACGCUGGUCAAUUUACCCCAAGCUUUCAAUUCGAGCGGCGACUCAACUCCUUUGCAAACCAAUGACUGCACUCAUGUUGUGAUUGGUAUCAAUUGGGGAUUGCAGACAAUUGUCGCUGCCAGCUGUCCCGCCUCUAGAAAGUCAGAAUGUGAGGAGGCGACUUUUAACAGAGACCUAGAGCUUUUGACAUCGUCCAUUGAGUCAGGUUAUCUUGCACGGCAAUCCCCUUCCAGCAUGAGCCUUGAAAUGGAACUCUGUAACGACCUCAUGCUAUACAGCGACGUCUUUGAAACAGAGGGCCUCACCAUGGAGGAUGUGUCUGGAAUAUGUGAUUUCAUACGCCUCGUGCCAGCUCAUAUUCGGCAAGAAAACGGCGGAAAAGGAUGGCCAGUCGCAUACAGCAUGAUUCCUGUCACGACACUUUCAUACUUCAUGCUUCUCCCGCAAGCUUUUCGGUACAGCCUGAGACCAAUCCGAAUUGACUAUCUCACCAACUUCAUACAGCUUUUCGACGAUUUUGAGGCCUGCGCAGUUAAGCUCCGCAACUACUAUACUUACCUGGUAGGCCACCUAACGCAUGUAGCCAAAGGUCAUGUUGACGAAGUCUUGGCCUCAAUCAUGUACCUGGAAGACGGUAUGAAGUGGAUGUCCAACCAGCUUCUUCACCUCUUGCCCGAUGUGCGUCGGGGGACGCAAGACCAUUCGACUCUCGUUGACUUAUAUCACCAAAUUGCCCUUGCGGAGCCUACACCCAAGCAACUCUCUGCCAAUGCUGGACGAGAAACUGACAAGCUCGAGUUCAUCGCUAGUGUUGUUGCUCAAGGCGCAAAUUACAUAGGUCAUAAUGGACUUUCUCUCGAGACGGUCAAAAGAUCUUACGAAAACACUUGCUACUAUGUCUUUCACUUUGAUUCGGCCGCAAUGGAACAAAAGAAAGAAUGGAACGACAACUUUACCUUGCUAUUGGAAUUGCUUGGUCAGCGAGAUGAUCGGAUGCCCGUCUACAUCAUGGACCAUGAUGCAGUAGACUCUCAGAUGUAUGGCGGGAUGCCACGAAUUUCUCAGUACAAAGGCGAAGAUGAGCGUAUCCUAGAUGUGCUCGAAAACCGCCAGUUCCUCUCCUCGAAAUGCUUCGCUCGAUGCUCUGGCGACAAUAUGGAUAAAAACAAGUGCCAACGGCCAGUCAAGAGACGUUUUGUCAAGAUACCUUGCCCGAAUCCGGGAUGCGAUUCCAAUCAUUCAGAAUGGACUUGCCCACAGUGUCUCACAGCAAUCGAAUAUGGAUUCAGUGACGACUUCUUCUACUGUGACUGCGGCCGUGAUCUCUUCAGCACCUACGAGUUCAAGUGCAAUGACCCCAAGCAUGGAGCCGCUUAUUACACGUAUGAUGCGGAAGAGCUUCGCAAACUUUUGGGUAAAUUGAGCGAGGCUGAUUACAUCAAUAUUCUCAUUCUCGGAGAAACGGGUGUGGGAAAGUCAACUUUCAUCAACGCCUUUGUCAACUACCUGUCCUACGCUACGUUGGAUGAAGCAAAAGAAGCUGACGGGCUCUCUUCCGUCAUUCCUUGCUCAUUUUCUCUCCAAACAAUGGACAGGGAGAAUUUAGAAAAGGGCAUUCAGGAAUAUAAUGUCAAAGUCGGCGGGCGUGAUGAUGAAGCAGAUGGAUCAACAGGGAACUCGGCGACGCAAAAGUCAGCUGUGUACCCGGUCACAAUUGGAGCAAGAACAUAUCGCUUGAUUGAUACGCCGGGCAUCGGAGACACCAGAGGUCUCUCCUACGACAAGGAGAAUAUGGCCGAUAUUCUCAAAACGAUUAGUUCUUACGACAAGUUACAUGGAAUCCUGGUGCUUGUCAAGUCUAACAACGCUCGUCUGACUGUUACAUUCAGGUUUUGUGUAAAGGAGCUUCUUACUCAUCUUCAUCGGAGCGCGACCAAGAACAUGGCCUUUGGCUUCACUAAUACACGGAUCUCGAACUAUGCGCCCGGAGAUACCUUCAAGCCCCUGAAAGCUUUACUUGACGGUCACUCCGACAUUCCGAUAACUCUUUCAACGUCAACAACUUAUUGUUUUGAUUCGGAGAGUUUCCGCUACCUCGCAGCCUAUAAACAGGGCAUUCCGAUGACCAACGAAGAAGAGUUUCGCCGAAGCUGGGACCACUCGAGUAAAGAGGCGCAUAGACUUCUAAACUAUUUUGCAUCAACUCCGCCUCAUUCCGUCACCAGCACAUUGAGUUUGAACGGGGCACGCAAACUAAUACUGGAGUUGACAAAGCCCAUGGCCAGCAUCUCAGAUUCUAUCAAGAAGAACAUCCAACUGUGUGAAAACCAGAGGCUCGAGUUGAAUGACACGAAGCUGACCGCUAACAAUCUUCGCAAGAGGUUGCGCUUAGAAAGAAUUCAGUUCAAUGCUAAUAAGCUGAGCAGACCUCGCACAGUUUGCAAAAAUCUCGACUGCUGUGACUUCAAAGACAGCGGUCUUGAUGAUGGGGUGGUUGUCACUAUCUACAAAACGCACUGUCACCCAGAGUGCUAUCUUGGAAAUGUCACGGAAGAUGUCGUCGCCGAUCCUGGUCUCAUAAAUUGUGCGGCUUUUCAAGGCAAAAACACUUGUCAACUAUGCCACCACCGCUGGCAAGAGCAUCUGCAUGUUCUCUAUGAACUCUCUGAGAUCAAAGUUCAGGUCACAGAUACUGAAAUAGAGAGACAGCUAAGGGCCAAUGCAGACGACAUGACGUUGCGUCAAAUUGCCAUCGCCAGACUAGACCAAGAUAUUGAGGAGUUCAACCUGGAACUUGACGAGAUUCGACGCGCAGCGGCUCGUUUUUGUCUAUUCCUGAGAGAAAACGCCAUCACAGUAAUCAACGAUGCCACUUUGGACUAUCUUGACAUGCUAAUUCAGGACGAAAAGGGAAUUAUCGAAGCUGGCAGGCAGCGAGGCUUGUCCAUGGAUUCCAAUCAGAAACGCCUCCAGGCCCUGAAAGACGACAGACAGAUUCACCUGGAGUUGGUUGAAACGUUCAAGCAGAACAUGAUUGAUCCCACCUGUCCGGAGGAUAUGCUGCUGGAUGAGCAAGGAGUUGACGCCCUGGUGAAAAGGCUGUACGAGCUGAAGCAUUUUGGAGCCAACUUGAAGCACAUCAAGUAUGUCAUAGACUCCUCGCUAGAAGAGACGUAUCGGGAGCGACCAUUUCGCGUA